CGGACUGUUCUUCAAAUACUCUACGAAAACGACGAUCGGAAAACGAUGUCCAGAAGAAAAACAAAAAAAGCGAGGUUCGAUCGCUUUUUGUCGCCAUCGACGCUCCGCUUCACUUCAAGUGUUCUGAAAAACCCAAAUUUCUUUCCACCUUCAGAAAUCCUAGAACUUCUAGAUUUCUCCGGCCAUGGCUUCUCUCUCCAACUCUUCGCUUCUUCGCUUCGUAUCUCGCAAUGAAAGGAGAGGCGAUCGCUUUAAAGAGGUUCUUACCGCCAACCUCGGGUGUUUUGCUUCUUCUCCGAGUCUUCCAGGCUUCAGAUUCUCCUUGGAAGCAAAUCGUUGUCCGGCAAGAGAAUUCUGGGCUAGGGUUCCUCGAGCCUCUGCUGAGGCUGCUGCGGUGGUCGAGGAUAAGGGAGAAUGGUGGUUGGAGGAGAAGAAUGGAGUGAAGGGAAGGCCUCUGAGGGUAGGGAUUGUGUGUGGUGGUCCUUCUGCUGAACGCGGGAUUUCGUUGAAUUCUGCUAGGUCUGUUCUGGAUCACAUCCAGGGAGAAGAUUUGAAUGUUACCUGCUAUUACAUUGAUUUUGAUUUCAAUGCUUAUGCAGUGUCUUCUGCACAGUUGUACUCAAAUACUCCCGCUGAUUUUGAUUUCAAGUUAGAAAGCCUCGCCCAUGCUUUUAGUUCUUUAACUGAGUUUGCGGAGCACCUUUCUAUCUCUGUGGAUAUAGUUUUCCCUGUUAUUCAUGGCCGUUUUGGUGAGGAUGGAGGCAUUCAGGAGCUAUUGGAGAAAGCGAACGUUCCAUUUGUUGGCACUCCCUCAGCUGAAUGCCGUCAAGCAUUUGACAAGUACAAUGCAUCAGUCGAGCUCAAGAAAAAGGGAUUUGUGACAGUACCAAGCUUCUUGAUACAGGGAAUUCAUGCUGACAAGAGUGAACUUGCAAAGUGGUUUGAUAGACAUCUUUUGGAUAGAGAUUCAGGGAAAGUUGUGGUUAAACCAACAAGGGCUGGAUCAAGUAUAGGUGUUUCAGUAGCUUAUGGAGUUGAUGAUUCUUUGCUAAAAGCAAUUGAUAUUAUUUCAGAGGGCAUUGAUGAUAAAGUUCUCAUUGAGGUCUUUUUGGAAGGAGGAUGCGAGUUUACAGCUAUCGUUAUUGAUGUUGGGACUGAUUCUCAAUGUGAUCCUGUUUCUCUUCUCCCAACAGAAGUGGAGCUUUGUAACAAAAAUGAUGUUAACGAGGAUACUUUAUUCAGCUAUCGAAGAAAAUAUCUCCCAACUCAGCAGGUUGCGUACCACACCCCACCUCGUUUUCCAAUUGAUAUCAUCGAACAUAUAAGGCAAGGGGCAGCCUUAUUGUUUAAGUCUUUUAAGCUGCGAGAUUAUGCUAGGAUUGAUGGUUGGUUUUUGCCUUCUCCUGUGAAGUUAUUUUCAUCAUCAGUAAACAACUGUGAAUUUGGAAACACAAAAUCUGGAACUAUUAUAUUUAGUGAUAUUAAUUUGAUAAGUGGCAUGGAGCAAACCAGCUUUAUGUUUCAGCAAGCUUCGAAGGUUGGAUUUUCUCACUCAAACAUCCUGCGUACUAUCAUACAUCGUGCUUGCUUGAGGUUUCCUUCUCUUAGAACACACGGUAAAGCAUGGAGCAUGUUGUAUCAAAGGUUAAAAUCAGCAAAGCAUAUGGAUGAUGUCCCAAAGAGGAAGGUUUUUGUAAUUUUUGGAGGUGAGACUUCCGAACGUCAAGUAUCUCUCAUGAGCGGAACAAAUGUCUGGCUAAACUUGCAAGCUUUUGAUGAUCUUGAUGUGCUGCCAUGUAUGCUUGCACCUGCUGAUGGAUAUGCAUCUGCCAAUCAUGGGGACAUAUAUCAAGUUAGCUCUUCUAAUGUUGUUUGGACUUUACCCUAUUCUCUAGUCCUGCGUCAUACUACAGAAGAAGUAUUUGCUGCUUGUUUAGAGGCCAUUGAACCAAACAGGGCUAUGUUAACAUCCCAGCUGAGUAAGCAUGUUAUGGCUGAACUUUUGGAAGGCCUAUCAAAACAAGAUUGGUUUACAGGGUUUGAUAUAAUUGAAGAGACCCCACUGAAACUUACGCUGGAGCAAUGGAUCAUGCAUGCUAAGGAAGCUCAAGCGACAAUAUUUAUUGCAUUGCACGGUGGUAUUGGGGAGGAUGGGACCCUACAAUCUUUGUUAGAGACUGCAGGAGUUCCAUACACGGGUCCUGGCCUGAUGGCUUCAAAUACUUGCAUGGAUAAAGUGUCAACAUCUCUUGCCCUUGCACAGAUGCAAAAUCUGGGAAUAUUUACAAUACCCAAGGAGUUGAAGAGGACAGAUGAACUAAUAAAUUCAUCUAUUCCCAUAAAUUGGCAUGACUUGACUACUAAGCUUCAGUCUGAAACAUUGUGUGUGAAGCCUGCUCGGGAUGGAUGCUCAACUGGAGUUGCUAGGCUGAGAUGUAAGGAGGACCUGGAAGUUUAUGUGAGUGCCUUAGAAAGCUGUCUUCCACGACUUACUGCUAAUAGUUUGUCUAAGGCACAUGGUGUAAUAGAGAUGCCAAACCCUACAUCAAAAUUUUUCAUAUUCGAGCCAUUUGUCGAAACUGAUGAAAUAGUGAUUUCGCACAAAUCAGCUGGUGGGAAUACCCGCCAUCUAACAUGGAAAGGACAGAAUGAAUGGGUUGAAGUUACAGUAGGUGUUAUGGGUCGGAAAGGAGAUAUGCACUCAUUGAGCCCUAGUAUUACUGUUAAAGAAACUGGUGACAUUCUAUCACUCGAAGAGAAAUUUCAAGGUGGAACUGGCAUCAAUUUGACACCGCCUCCAACAACGAUUAUUAGUAAUGAAGCUUUGCAAAAAUGUAAGCAGCGAAUUGAAAUUGUAGCCAACACAUUGGGAUUGGAAGGUUUUUCACGCAUUGAUGCAUUUGUUAAUGCAUACAAUGGGGAGGUUCUGGUGAUAGAGGUUAACACAGUUCCUGGGAUGACUCCGUCUACUGUAUUGAUUCAUCAGGCACUUGCAGAGAAUCCUCCUAUUUAUCCCCGUCAAUUUUUCCGAAAAGUUCUUGACCUGGCACUACAAAGAUCCAAGUAGUGUCUCCAUGGCCUACAAUACUGGAAGAUUUCAGGAAGUCUGUAGCUAUGCUCAUCGUAAUGAUGAUAGAUGUCUUUGUGAUUUAGGGAUUUUUGCUGCUUUCAGUAAUUAUACAUCUGUGAUUUGCAAUUCCAAGAGUCUCAGUGAACCUGAACUCUCUUUUUUAAAUAUUUAUAUGUUGGUGCCGUAUGCCUCUGUUCACUUCAAAAAAUUUUGGCAGGAUGGAUUUUAAAUUAAUGGAUUUAUUUUCAGAUGAUUAUAAGAUAGAUUUGGAUUUAUUA